AUGAACGCAAGCGAGUGGGACGACGAGGCCGAAGCCUAUCUCAGGAUGGUGUGCGAGCAGCAGUCUUCGUCCGGCUACAAUGGCGGAUUCCCUUCAGCGUUUCCCAGCACGAUUUUUGAAAUCUCCUGGGUGCUGGAUACCAUCUUGGAGUCCGGGUUUGACAAGGACGAAUUCCUGCUCGCGGACAUCCGCAAGCUGACUGUGCUUCUCGAAGCCAACCUGAAGCAAGAGAAGGGGAUCGUAGGAUGGGAGCGAAACGCGUCCAGCAGCGCAAAUUGCAAUGUCCUUUCAUGCCUUCUUAAGACGACACAGCCUGCUAGAUACACUAAGCAGAUCGUGAAAUGCGCUAGCUUCCUGAGCAAGAGCUGGAUGCGCAACAACGGUCCCGAUAAGUGGCAUACCUCGGUCCAAUAUCCCAUGAUGUUGACCGCGCAAGCAUUCAUGCUCCUACUGAAGCGUUGGGCGAAGAACGAGCUCGACACGGACGCGGUCCCUUCGAAGCUGAUCCGCCAAGACGUCCCACGGACGCUAUUGGAUAUACUUGGGCGGACAAUGAGAUCGCAAGAGGCUGAUGGUUCAUGGGAGUCGAAGAGAGAAGUGACUGCCUAUGCUGUUCUUACUCUUGCACCACUGCUGAGCUUGCCGUGGAUCGACUUCUUGAAACCAGAAGGCAUAGCUUGCAUGUACCAGGGCAAGGCAUACCUCGAGAAUAAUCGGCAUCGUUGGCGGGACGCGGAGAGAAUCUGGAUCGAGAAGACCGUGUACGGCUCGCCCAAUCUCUCACAGGCAUAUUGCUUGGCGGCGUCGAAGGUCGUCGUUCCAACCUCGUUCAUGUCGGCGAAGAUCUCAGACAUCUUUCCUGCCCAACUGUCAAAGAAGAUGGCCAAGAUGUCCGGUUGCUUCUCGCGGGUGGAGCCCUUCUCUCGAGCGCCGAAGUGGAAGCUGCAGCUGUCGCUCCUCCAAAGCACCAAUUACGCUGCCGCCUUGAAAGCUUGCCGCCUCAACAUCUUCCCGUCUCUCGAGAAGGCUUGCGACGAGAAGUACCAGGAGUAUAUCCCGUUUACGUGGGUCGGGUGUAGGGACUUCUUGUCAACCAGGAUCCCCGCAGAGACUCUGUGGGAGAUGAUGUUGAACACCAUGUACAAUUCCCAGGUCGACGCCUACAUGGAAAAGGUGGUGUGGGAGCAAUAUCGGGACAGGCUUCCCGAGCUGAAGGCCUUCAUUCGCUCUCUGUGUUCCGGAAACCCGGAGAAACGCAAGAGAAGGGAUGAAGGCGAGGUAAGGGGAACACCAAAGAAGGUGUUGGGACCAAACGGUGUCUCAGACUCGCAGCCAAACGGCGCAAGCAAUGGCGAAGCCAACGGUCACACCGACAGCGCCUUGGAUGGAACAACGGACGGCAAUGGCGCCACCCAAGCUCCGGUGGAGAAGGGAAACAGUGUUGAGGAAGUACUCACGAGAUUUGUUAACUUCGCCCUCCAACAUCCCAAAGUUCAGCAAAGCCCAACACCACUGCGAGCAUGGCUAGCGCACGAGCUGCAAACAUUCCUCCUCGCCCAUAUCACGUACAUGGAGGACUGCGGGACGCUGUCGGACUCAUCUGCUACAUCAAAAGGCUCAUUGACGUGGGGGAAGCCACGGACGACAUUCUUCAACUGGGUCCGUACAACGUCGGCAGAUCAUACUAGCUGUCCCUACUCGUGGGUGUUCUUCCUCUGCUUGAUCGGCGAGAGCAGUCAACCGGUCAUGAGGAAUCUGCAUCAACGGUACGCUCUUGAGGAUGGUUGCCGCCAUCUGGCAACAAUGUGUCGUCAGUACAAUGACUUCGGCUCGGUUGUCCGCGACCAGGAGGGAAAGACGCUCAACAGCGUCAACUUCCCAGAGUUCGCAGCCAACGAAGCCGGGGAGGCCGUUGGGAUACGGGAGCUGAGCGAGAGGAGAAAGAGAGACCUGUUGACGGUUGCUGAGUAUGAGCGGCGUUGCCUGGAGCGGGUGCUGGGAGAGCUGGAACUAAGCUUGGAUCCGGGAGUGAUGGAGAAGGUGAGGCUCUUUGUCCAAGUGACGGACGUCUACGGGCAGAUAUACGUGGCGAGAGACAUUGGCAUACGCCGGGCGGAGGACAGCAAAGCAGCACGUGCGAAGGUCUGCAUGGCUUAA